AGGCGUAUUUAAAGUGGCUUUAACUGCAAGACGUCUAAGACUAAGAGGAUCUUUCCAGUGCACCACAACAGAAAUCAACGCACAAGCUGAGACUGUUGUAAAGACGGAUUGUAAAGGAUUGGUUUACUACAGGGGAUUGUGUACAGAUACACAGGUUUCUGGGUGCCAAAACUGCUGCUUAGCUGGUGCACGGCUGACAACAGUUCAGAGCCACGUCUGUAAAAAAUCUGCUGCAUGCAGGCGCAGGAGAUUUAUGAAGCUUUCAAGGCCUUUUGAUUGAUAAGCCACUCGAUGGGGAUUAACCGGCGAGCUCCCUGCUGUGUGUCCUGCCCUGCGGCCCACUGCCUGCCCUCACUCUUCAACACCUCCUUCACCGAAAUCAUGAAACUAGUAUUAACUGAAUGGCAAAUGAUAUGGAUUUUUACUGUUUCCAAUAGACAGUAAACACACACUCACCAUUUACUCAUACCACACAUAUACACUUAGCCAUAUACACACACACAUAUAUACACACACAUAUACACACACACACACACGGUCAUUCCUACUGUCACAUACAUACAUACAUGCAUACAUUUGCUCACACCAAAGGGAGUGACCUCAUGACAAAGCCAUAUCUCCCUCACGGCUGCCUACCAAAAAAUCUGAAAACUUCUGCUUCACGACACGUCCAUGAGGAACCAAAACGGAAUGUAUUCUGCACAGUGAGCGCCUGAUUCUCUCAACGGUGUACUUCGAUCCCCAAAAGGAGCUGCUUGGAUUUUAAUGUCCACUAUUCAUCUUUUGCAUUGAUUUGAUUUGAUCUGAUUUGGCUUUAUUUUGGUGUUGCACGUCUGUAAAGAGUGAGGUGUGCUUCCCCUGCCGAUUGCAUGCCGACAACGAUGGCGCCCCAGAACACUGAUGCAGAUGCUAUGCAGGUACAGGAGGUCAUGGUGGUCUCUGCCAAGGCAGCCAGCAGAGCCUCAGAUAGAGGUGGAGGAGGUGACGGGGCUAAUGCAACGGGUGGAGCCAGCAGAAAGGACCAGGAGAGUCAGGAGGAGUCUGCAAGCGAGGGUUCUAUAGACAGCAUCCCCUUGCGCCUAUGGGUUAUGAACGGAGCCAUCAUGUUUGGACGAGAGUUCUGCUACGCAAUGGAGACAGCCCUGGUGACUCCCGUGCUGCUGCAAAUUGGUCUUCCAGAACAGUACUACAGCCUAGUGUGGUUCCUGAGCCCCAUCCUGGGCCUCAUGUUUACUCCUUUGAUCGGAUCAGCAAGUGAUCGCUGCACUCUGCGCUGGGGUCGACGCCGACCCUUCAUCCUGGCACUGUGUGUGGGUGUGCUUUUCGGCGUAGCACUCUUUCUCAACGGAUCUUUAAUAGGUUUGGCUAUAGGAGACCUGCCCAACCGGCAGCCUAUAGGCAUUGUGCUGACCGUGCUUGGUGUGGUAGUGCUUGACUUCUGCGCAGACGCAGCCGAGGGGCCAAUCAGAGCAUAUCUGCUGGAUGUGGCUGAUACAGAGGAGCAGGAUAUGGCUCUCAACAUUCAUGCCUUCUCAGCAGGACUGGGAGGCGCUGUGGGCUAUGCACUUGGUGGUCUUGACUGGACAAACACCUUCCUUGGUCAGGCUUUUAAGUCCCAGGAACAAAUCUUGUUUGUGUUUGCUGCUGCAAUAUUCAUCGUCUCAGUGACACUGCACCUCUUCAGCAUUGAGGAGGAACAGUAUAUCCCGCAGCAGGAACGACUGGAUGAGGAGGCUGACGGGACAGCCUCUGUCAAAUUGAAUGUCCUGCUUGGUCUUCCGUCAUCGCAGCAACAGCUGGAUCUGAUUCCUGAGGAUGAGCCCUAUGAGCAUGAAUCCCACUCGGCUGAGCCAGAGCUGGACUACCUGGAUAUGGAGCUGGUGCGCAGUAAGAGUGACUCAGUGCUGGCCAUGGCUGAUGGCACUCUGGAGCAUGAGGCGCUCUUUUUACGCCAGAUCGAGCCUUCCAUCUUUCACGAUCGCUUAUCAUCAUUCUACGGCAGCCAAGAGUUCCCACAUGGGCGCUUCAGCCUCAGCCGUCUGUCAUCCUUAGUGCACGAGCCAGAAGGUGAAGAGGUGCCACUCCAUGCCAAACCCAAAGCCUCCAAUGGCCAACCAGCCGGGCACAGUGAUCCUACUGGACAUUCCCAGCCACUUCCAACAAAUGCACUCAAAUCCUCCAGUGCCGGAGCUGCCAUCCGGCGCCGGCGCCACACUUUCUACCGUCAGUCAUCCUGUACUUUCUCCUACUACGGUCGUCUUGGCUCUCAUCGCUACCGCUACAGGCGUGCCAAUGCCGCCGUGCUUAUAAAACCAUCACGCAGCAUGAACGAUAUCUACGAGAUGCAGCAGCGCCAGAGGAGGGGACAGCGGCACAGGGCUCGACACCAAAGCGGAAACACUACAUCCAGCGGAGACACCGAGAGCGAGGAAGGUGAAAUAGAGACUACUGUACGGCUCCUCUGGAUGUCCAUGCUAAAGAUGCCCAAAGAAUUACUUCGGCUCUGUCUUUGUCACCUGCUCACCUGGUUCUCCAUCAUCGCUGAGGCCGUGUUCUACACUGACUUUAUGGGACAGGUCAUCUAUGAGGGUGACCCUAAGGCUCCUUCAAACUCUACAGAGCUGCAGAGCUACCAUAAAGGAGUGCAGAUGGGCUGCUGGGGGCUGGUAAUCUACGCUGCUACUUCUGCUGUUUGCUCAGCUUUACUCCAAAAGUAUCUGGACAACUUUGACCUCAGCAUAAGGGUCAUCUACAUUCUGGGCACUCUGGGUUUCUCCAUCGGCACGGCCAUCAUGGCUAUCUUCCCAAAUGUCUAUGUGUCCAUGGUGAUGAUCAGUAGUAUGGGUAUCAUCUCCAUGAGCAUCUCCUACUGUCCAUAUGCGCUACUGGGCCAGUACCAUGAGAUCAAAGAGUAUAUCCAUCACAGCCCUGGCAACUCAAAGCGAGGCUUCGGCAUCGACUGUGCGAUCUUAUCAUGCCAGGUGUACAUCUCACAGAUCAUCGUGGCGUCAGCAUUGGGUGCAGUGGUGGACGCAGUGGGCAGCGUGCGUGUUAUCCCCAUGGUGGCAUCUGGUGGCUCCUUCCUGGGUUUCCUGUCUGCUUGCUUCCUGGUCAUCUAUCCAGGAGAUGGUGAUGGAGAGAAGAGUGAGCAGAACAAAGCUCUGACCAAAUCGAGCACUGCAGAGAAUGACACCAGCACCGAGAAGCCUAGUGUCCUGAAGCUCACACGCAAAGGCACUACCACCACAACCUGCAACGUGGAGUGUGAGUCCACACUGUGAUGAAGACGAGUGGCUGUGGAGCACACAUUCCCUCCAUCCCAGCUUGAUUCUGCUUUCACCAGGGAGUGGUGUAGAUUUUAUUUGUUUGUUCAUUUGUUUGUAGAGGUGGCAUUAGCAUUCUUGAUCCUCAGGGCCACCAGGGGGUGCAGGACACUAGAAAUGACAAGGGCAUUGUGGUCUGUCCCAUUCUUUCAAUAUAUAUUAAUCUAUUUAAGCUUGUACUUCAUCCAAUCAAAGAUCCUACUUCCACUCUAAGUGCAAGAUCUAAUCAUGUAAUCUAAUCAAAAUGAAAAUUAGUUGUGUAAGAUAAUCAUUUGGAUUCUAGGUUUUUCUUCAAUUGAUUAUUCCUUCAUGUCUGUCUUUGGCCUUAUGGCCUCCUGUCCAUGAAGAGGAAGUUUCUCCAAGUACAUUAAAUAAUAUUUAAUCCUUGUUUUUUUAAAAUGUCUAAACUAUGUCAGCUCCUGGUGGAUGUAUGUGUGGUAGUUUAAGUUGAUCAGCAGAAAAACACCCUAAGGUUUAAAACAGACCCAAAUCCUCACCUUUUUAUAGUGUUUUAGUUUGUGCAAAACUGCUAAAGUUAGUGCUGGGAGAAGAAAUUGAUCCCCUUAAAGAUUCCUAGCUUUCCCAGGGUUCUUUUGCUCUAUCUAUGAGCAGUUCAUAUAUAUAUAUAUAUCAAUUUAUUACUUAACAAAUAAUGUUGUAACAAAUCUCAAUGCUGCAAGUGAGUCUAUAGAGCACAUACCAAAUGAAGCAAUUAAGUAAUUAUGUGAAGCUAUUGGAAGAUGCUUUGUGUCUUUCAGUUUAGUUUUCAGUAACAGGAUAUAAUUGGAGUCAGCUCAGUUGUCGUAUAAAGUGAGUGGCUGUACACGGGGCUUGAGGUGAUUGGGAAGGUACCUGUGGAACACGUCUUAACUUUUUGACAGAACUUAAGCUGUGCAGUAAAUUCAGCAAAAAAAAAAAAAAAAGAAAAAAGAAAAAAGUUGUUUGGAAUUUAGUUCUGAUUACAAUUCUACAUUUUAUUGACCGAGUUUGGGACUGGAGUGCUGAACCCUCGGUAGUAACGUUUACAUUCUCUUUCACUGCUGCAUUGCACUGCACUGUUUUUACAUUUACAGCAUUUGGUUAUUAGACCCUUCCACACCGAGAUCUCCCAAGUUUCAAGUCAUCUUUGGCACCUUGGCUCCUCCAUGGCCUCCGGUUCAGUUCCAGUUUACUCUACAACCAUGCAAUAUGCCUGUGAUGGUGGGCGCUGUGGUGGUUGUGUGCGUAAUCGUUCCAACUGGUCUUCUGGGUUAGUUACAUUUGGAGUAAAGUGGUGAGAUUUCUGACUUACUCAAUGCUGGAAGACCAGUCAUGACCUUAAGUCAGGAUCCUAUUAUUUUAUAUUACAAGACAUGGUAUUUACUUCCAUAUUGCUGUUUAGCAUGUCAGACACUCUGAAGCAUGUUGACAAUAUUUGUGUUUCCCUCCAAGCAGAUUUGUACUUAUCUGCUGUAUUAUCUGUAUUUGUAGCUAUCUUUAUACAGUGUUAAAACUAAGUCGUAAGCUGAAAUUUUUUUUUUUUUGGAAUGUUUAUUAAAAGAAAAUUGAUAAACCAAACUUGAAAAUAUAUACACACACACACAUAAGGCUUAUUUUCAGACAAAUCAGACGCAGUUGCAAUAAUAAUGUUACUUGCCUCAGAACGUUUGAGUGCUGGAUUUUUCUACCUACAGUAGUGCAUGAGGAUGUUGCAUCCUAGAUAUUAAAGAAAUGCAAUACGUUUUAUGAAGGCCAUAUAAGCCUCGCUAAUGAAAUAUAAACAUGUAAGUGAUGGGUUAUAAUGCAUUUAUAAGGCAUUGUUUAUGUAUUCCAAGCCUUAAUAGUGUACUACAAAUACAAUAUCUGUAUCUGUUUUAGGGCUAAUAAAAUAUCCCUACCUUUCUUCAGUUUAAACCAUUAAGUAUAAUCCAAAAAUUAUAACAAAUCCAAGUACACAGUUACUAACAAGUAAUGAAUGGACGUUGCACUCUGUGUUUGUCCAACAAGCUUUAUAACUCUAUAUAUUUAUUUGUGUUUAACGUUGUCUCUCCAUCCCAAAUAAUGUAUUCGUAUUUGAAUUCACUUUUUUUUAAAUAAUUUACAUUUUUAAAUGUUUAUAAUUAAAAACUAAUUUAUAGUCUAAUAAGAAUUUAUAAAUAUUUUAAAACAUUUGAUUUGUAGCAAUAAAAGUAAAAAAAAAUGCCCAACAUGUGCUACAAUACAUUUAACAUACAAAAAUUGGGAAAGGAACCGGGCUUAAUUUCUGUUAAACAUAAUAUGCUAGCUGAGUUUCUUACAAGUGUGUUGUGUAUGUUCUAUGUAAUGAAUAAUAUUAACAAGUUAAUAAUAUAAAGUGCAAUUUUCAUAAGUGAUUAUAAUAUGUAUAGCAUAAUGCCUUAAAAAUGUGUCAUAACAUGAUUAUGGUGGAUAUAUGAUGGACUGGAUAUAAAUAUGGCCUUCAUAGAAAGUGUUAUCGAUAAGUAAUCAUUACUUAAAAAUAUUAGAGACUUGGCUUUAGUUGAUGGACAGGUCUCUAUUUUUUUAAAUACUUGAAGUGUGCUGUAAUUGUUUUUUGUGGUGUUUUUUUUUUUUUUUUUUUUGGGAUGAUCCAAGUAGAUAUUUGGUAAAGAACUGGAUGAAGGGAUGCUGAGUUGGAUUUGGUUUGGUUGGAUUUGCUCUAUCAGGACGCAUGUUCAUUACAUGUGAAUGUAACUUGUCAUUGUAUUUUUUAUUAUAAGCAAAAGAUCUGAUAAUGCUAAGAACUUGCACACGGGUUGUUGUCCCUGACUCGGAUUAUGCAUAGUCUUGGACUACGAAGGUUUCCGAUGGAGUUACACCUUUUACUGUGCAAGUUAGUUCAAGACUAAGCUUAAUCCUGGACUGUAGAAGGACGCCUACAGUCCAGGAACUCAAGUUUUAAGAGUCAUUUUGCAAAAGAAAAAAGAACUGUGGAUAUUUAUUUUUGAGCUCUUUUCAUGUUAUACUAAAUGCUUUGGCUUUAUUUAAAGAUGAAGAUCCAAUUAUAGAGAGAUAUUAUUAUUAUUAUUAUUAUUAUUAUUAUUAUUAUUAUUAUUAUUACCUGUUGUGCUAAAUGCAAAUUGAAAUAUGCGUUGGAAAAGAUCAGAGUUGUGAGUGUGUUUGGUGUGUGUUUAUGUGCGUGGGUGUGCGUGUCUGUCUGUGUGUGUCUGUGUAACGUCCGAAUUAGACUUCUAGCUGUCUACAACUCUUAGUUUACAGACCUUAAUUUAAAGCAAAUGUCACUUAAGUCAUUGAUUCUCAUUAUGUGUAGUUCAAUGUAUGUGAUUAUGAAUAAUUCUUUAUCAUUGCCUCCUUCAUUAAUUAUGAUUGUGUAUUCGUUCACUGUUUCGAAGAAAGUUAGUGGAUGUUAACGACAGACAAAAUGUAUGGAGGAGAACCGAAUAUCUGCAGUGUACUAUAAGCUUUGUUAUUUUAAAGUUGUAUAUAUUCCUUUGAAAUAGUUUCUUUUGCUGCUAUAUAUAACAAAUAUA